UCAAUAUUUAAUAUUAUGAUAUGCAUAUAAAUCCUUCUAUUUUUAUUCAUAUUUAAUUUUUUACAUUAAAUAAAUUCAAAAAAAUUAUUCAAAAACUAGAUAUAUGGAUCCGAGUUGAAAUGGUACUUUACAGGCGAAUGGGCAUCGGGCUCACACUCGUCCAAAAAAUGGAGGAAUGGUUCCGCUCCAAAGGCGCCGAAUACUCAUACAUCGCUACAGAUAUUGACAACGAAGCCUCUAUCAGCCUUUUCACUCUGCGCUCCGGCUACACCAAAUUCCGCACCCCUUCCAUUCUCGUCCACCCCGUCUUCGCCCACCGCUUCCCUCUCCACUACCGCGCCCUCCGCCUCCUCCCUAUCUCCCCCUCCGACGCCGAACUCCUUUACCGCCGCCGUCUAUCCACCACCGAGUUUUUUCCCCGCGACAUCGGCUCCAUUCUCCACAACCCCCUUUCCCUCGGCACUUACCUCGCCCUCCCCUCCGAUUACUCCUGGACCGGCCUCGAUAGUUUCCUCGCUGAACCGCCAGCUAGCUGGGCCGUUCUCAGCGUCUGGAACUGCAAAGCCCUCUUCCGGCUAGAGGUCCGCGGGGCCGGGAAAUGGCGGCGGUGGCUGUCAAAGGCCACGCGGGCUAUCGACAAAGCGCUUCCCUGUUUCAGAAUACCGUCGGUGCCUGAUGUUUUCCGGCCGUUUGGGAUGUACUUGAUGUACGGGAUUGAGGGGGAGGGGAAGGACGCGGCGGAGAUGGUGCGGGUGCUGUGUAGACACGUGCAUAAUAUGGCGAGGAAAGGAGGUUGUGCCGCGGUGGCAGCGGAGGUUGCGGCGGAAGAGCCGUUGAAGAAAGGGAUACCCUAUUGGCGGCGGAUGUCGUGCGCAGAAGAUUUGUGGUGUGUGAAGCGACUGGCGGAGGAGUAUAGUGAUGGGGCGGUCGGAGAUUGGACAAAGGCGGCGCCGGGCAAAUCAAUUUUUGUUGAUCCCAGAGAGUUUUGAUCAAAACAUUUUUCAAAUUUCCUUUUUUUUUUUACUAAAUUUCGGCGUUAUUAUUUUUUACUAACUUGGGAGCUUGGAAUUUUUCUU